AUGGCCACUGCCAUCUCGCCGGGGAGCCCAGUUCGCCGCCCAGCGAUCUCUGUGACCCCUUCCGUUCCAACAGGUGUUUCACUCCCGAGUGGUCUACCAAUCCGGAGCCCACGCACAAUAUCGCCUCCGUUGCGCAGAACCAGCCUGCCGCCCUCUCGCCCGGCCUACCCUGGAGGGCCGGCACGGCGGGCCGCUCCGUCGAGGAGGAGCGCGCGCUCGCUCGUUCUGGCAGCCGCGCAGCUGCGCGCGCGGAGGGCGCGGCGGGUGGCCGACGCGGCCGAACAGGGCCCGCUGCGGGGGCCAGAGCGCACGCGUUUUUUUUUUUUGUAUGACAAUGUUCAGGUGGAUGCGGCUGGUUACUACGUGCUGUCGGCGCCGCGCCGAGAGGCGACCAGGGCCACCAGGGGGCGGCCUCUCCUGAGAAGGCAGGCCCCCCCCCCCCGAUAG